UAAAAACCAAAUUAGAAAUAAAUAAAUAAAAUAAUGAGAGAGAUACAAAGCCGCCGGUUCUGCAAAACCUAUCAAGACGUCUUUCUAUCUAUCUAAUAAUCUGUGGCUCCAUCCUGUGCUUCUCUGAACUCCAUUCGUUCAAUAAAGAAUCUACCUCUGACCCCAAAAUUAUCUUCUAACAACCCGCAAAGAAGAAAUUGAAGAAGAAGAAGAAGACGAAGGCCAUGUCCCGAAAAGGAGGAGCCAGCUCUUCACUGCAAAAGGACGUGCCAUGGAGGGCGUCAGCUGGCAAGGCCAUCCCAAAAAUUCACCAUUCCCCAAUUGUUCGCGUCCCCAACACCGCUACUUCCAACUAUGCCAUCUCCGUCAUGAAGCAACCCAAUCCCAUAGGAAGUGGAUUAGCUAUGGAAGCCAUUGUGGAAUCCGCAGGCCCUGAAUGUAUUGUCCCAGGCCAGAUUACACCCAUUAAACUACUUGGCUUAAAGGUAUGGCCGGUUGAUGUUAAUUUGAAAUUUUUGGAACCGGUUGGACGAGAGCUAAAGCUACUUGGAAAGUUCAUGGAUAACGCUGUAAAUCUUAUGAACAAGUCAUUUAUAGAUCGUUAGUAGCCGUGGCAUUUUGCUAGCCGGAGAAAGGUAGCUGCAAUUUUGGGCUUUUGAGUUGUUUGCAUUCACCUUGCAAUGAGCAGAAGCGUAGCGGGGCAGUGUGGAUGUAAAUAAGAUCUCCCUUUGCAUCAUCUUCUUGCUCGUGCUCUGUUUUUUAAUUUAAUAAUUUCUUACUUUGUCACUUAAAUAUUUAUCUGUUUCCAUGUUAAAUAUCUAAAAAUAGUUUUCUUUUAUAAAUUCAACAAAGUAUGUUUGAAGUGCGAAUCACUAUUAGGGAUGCUAUUUUUGAAAGCCUUAACAAGAAGAGUUUUAUAAGGUGCUCCGUUUAUUCUCUUCAA